AUGAACGGAAUCGGAGCAGGGGCGCUGCGAGCGCUCCUCCUCCUCCUCCCCUUGCUGAGCGCUCCCCUCGGCCAGGAGUCCCUGUGCGACCAGAAGGACUUCAGGACCAUCUACCAGUUCCGGGAGGAACUCCUCGACGGUUCCAGGAAUGUCAGCCUCGCCGAGUUCCUCGGGAAGUUAAUUAACGCACAUUCCACAUUCCAUCUCCCACCCCCCCAGGUUGUGCUGAUCGUGAACGUCGCGACGUACGCACGCACCGCGUUCGAGACGUACCCGCAACUGAACGCCCUGCAGACGCACUUCCGCGACGACCUAGUCGUCCUCGGCUUCCCCUGCAAUCAGUUCGGCAUGGUGGGAAUUGCAUCGACUCUUAUUCCUUCCCUCAAUGGACUUGAAAAUAUGAAUUUUCUUGAACAGCGAGAACCAGGUCGAGACGGGGUGGAGAUCAUCAACGGACUGACGCACGUCCGCCCCGGCGUAGGAUUCGCGCCGAACUUCGUCCUCUUCCGCAAGGUGGAUGUAAACGGGAGCGGAAGGAUCCCCCUCUACUCAUUUCUCACCGUGAGUCUGCUUCCAUCCACCCUCCAUCCUCCACCCUCCAUCCUCCUCCAUCCAUCCUCCACCCUCCAUCCUCCUCCAUCC